AUGGCAACCUUCUUUGGAUCUCCACCAUUUCUGUCUCACCCAAUCACAAGGACUAACCAGUUGUAUUCAUCAGUGCAGCCUCCUUCUCCUCAGCCAAACAAUCAACCUUCACAGCCUCAAAAUACUAAUCCAUCUCAACUGCAAAGCACUAAUUCAGCUGCAGAGCCACCAUCAGCUCUUAAAGCCAAAGUGCAAGAGCAAAAAGUUUCAGAGCCACCUGCCCCUCGGACGACUGUUGAAUCAACUGACUGGAUUGCAUCCUCCUUAACCAGGAGAUUUGGCAUUGGUGCUGGUCUUGCAUGGGUUGGUUUCCUAGCCAUUGGUGUCUUGUCUGAACAAAUCAAGACUCGGUUGGAAGUGUCUCAGGAAGAAGCUAAUACAAGAGAUGUUGAAAAGCUGGAGGAGGUUGUUCUGCCUAAUGGAAUAAGGUACUAUGAUUUGAGAGUUGGUGGUGGUGCUGCACCAAGACCAGGUGACCUGGUUGUCAUUGAUGUAAAAGCAAAGCUGGAAGGAAGUGAUCAAAUCUUGAUUGACACAUUUAGUAGCAAGAAGCCACUGGCUCUUGUGAUGGGGUCUAGGCCUUACAGUAAAGGAAUAUGUGAUGGGGUGGAAAAUGUUUUGAAGACCAUGAAGGCUGGUGGAAAGAGAAGAGUGAUCAUUCCUCCUAAUCUUUGCUUUGGCGAAAAAGGCGCAGAUUUAGGUUCCGGCAUGCAAAUCCCUCCAUCAGCAACCCUUGAUUACAUCAUUGAGGUUGAUAAAGCGGGAUAUCAAUUUAUCUUCUUUGUGAUCACGGCCCUUCUGAAAUUCGAUAAAGUUACUGACUUUGCAGGAAGCACUAAUUUUGUUAUUAUUGCUGUAUUGACUUUGGUUCUAAAAGGAGCAUGGCAUUCUCGACAGGUGGUUUUAUCUGUGUUUGUAAUCGUAUGGGGCCUUCGACUGGCAGCAUUCUUGUUAAUGAGGAUUUUGCAAUGGGGGGAAGAUAGACGCUUCGAUGAAAUGCGUAGUAACUUGGGAAAGUUGGCAGUUUUCUGGAUAUUUCAGGCUCUAUGGGUGUGGACUGUGAGUUUGCCCGUUACAGUUGUUAAUGCCAGUGACCGAAAUCCAUCCCUUAAGGCUGUAGACUUCAUUGGGUGGAUAAUGUGGGCAGUAGGAAUUUUAGCCGAAGCUACUGCUGACCAACAAAAGUUGCUAUUUAAAAAUGCUCCUGAAAACCGGGGGAAGUGGUGCAAUGUUGGACUCUGGAAAUAUACUCGUCAUCCAAAUUACUUUGGCGAGAUCCUUCUUUGGUGGGGGAUCUUCGUAGCUUCUACGCCUGUUUUGAAGGGUGCUGAGUGGCUAGUCAUCUUUGGACCCAUCUUUCUUACUCUCUUGCUUCUUUUUCUCAGUGGCAUACCAUUGCUGGAGGAGUCUGCAGAUAAGAAGUUUGGCAACGUGGCAGCGUACAAGCACUACAAGAAAACUACUAGCCCUCUCAUUCCACUGCCCCCUGCAGUGUAUGGGAAUUUGCCACAAUGGGUGAAAGCUACGUUCCUCUUCGAGUUUCCCUUGUAUAGCCGCAGUCUUCCUAAAGAAGAGUUGAGCUGGAGUAGAGCAAGCAGUGGAGGAACCGUUGAGAAGAAGAUAGAUUAA